UCUGGAGUUCACUCGCCAUAUUCCUUCUCUCUCUUUUUCUUAAGGUUUUUUUUCAGCUUGCAUUGAUUCGAGAAUUUAUUCAAACAAUUCCGUAAAGGCUUCGACUUGUCAUCGAUGCCUGCCUACUUCCAUGAUGAACCAGAGUUGCAGGCCGUCGACGGCCUGCAGACGCUCUACGUCAUGAAUUCCAGCACCUUAACUGGAUACGACGAUGCACCAGCGGCGGCUCCGUCGAAUAUACUCCUCAACACGACGAUGAGCAAUUCAGGGAACCUGAUCGAUCAACAGCGACAGCACUUCGUCGGCGUCUCUCCUCAACCUGAGCCAGGGUUACUCCACAACCUAUGGAGUGAGCCUUUCCCAUCCGAUACGGCUCGGCAAGAAACGCUCUUCCUCAGCCUGUCCCGGAAUGAAGUGGCAGCCGCGCCAGUAGUUAUGGCUCGAGCGAUCGCCGAGCAGGAGAAAAGCUCUGCGUCUUUCCUGAUGGGAUCCAAGUACUUGAAGGCAGCGCAGCUGUUGCUGGACGAGUUAGUUAACGUCUCUGACGGAAUUAAAGAUACGAAGAUCGGAAAGGGCACUUCUUCAAGGAAUCCGGCGGUAUACGGCCGCGACGAUGUGGCAGCCGUCGCUACAAAUCUCACGGUCGUUGAAAGGCAGGAGCUGCAGAUGAAGAAGGACAAGCUGGUAGACAUGCUCGAGGAGGUGGAACAGAGGCACAAGCAGUACCACCACCGAAUGCAAGCCGUGGUGUCAUCGUUCGAGGCUAUCGCCGGCUACGGAUCGACGAGAGCCUACACCUUGCUCGCCUUUCUGACGAUAUCAAAGCAAUUCCGAUGCCUGCGAGACGCGAUCGCCAGCCAAAUCAGGACGAGUAGCAGGAGAUUGGGCGAGGAAGAUGGCAAGGUCGGAGGGUCGAGACUUCGCUUUAUCGACCAGCAUUUCCGGCUGCAGCGGACCCUGCAACAGAUGGGGAUAAUGACGCAGAACAGUUGGCGGCCACAGCGUGGGCUGCCGGAGAGUUCUGUUUCCAUUCUCCGUGCCUGGCUCUUCGAUCACUUCCUUCACCCAUAUCCGAAGGAUUCAGAUAAGAUUGUUCUGGCUAAGCAAACAGGGCUCACAAGGAGCCAGGUGUCAAACUGGUUUAUAAACGCGAGAGUGAGGUUGUGGAAGCCGAUGGUCGAAGAGAUGUACAUGGAAGAGAUCAAGGAACAUGAGCAGAUCAAGAAUAAAGAGAACGAUCCGAGCAAGAGUACUGAUGCCAAUAGAAGUUCCACUUCCAAGCCCAGUGACGCAAUUGAAGAGUCGACGUCAACCAAAAAAGCUAAGAACAGCAACUCCCUGCUCGGAUCAAUUAAGGCAAUGCCGGAGGAGACAAGCAACCAAGAGCUGUUGAUGAGGUUCAUUGCAGGCGGCGCCACCGGCCAUGGCGGCGGUAACUAUGGAGCAUAUCCGAUUCGCGAGGUUGGAGGAAUUGAUGCAGAGCAAUUGGCUUCCAGGUUCUCCGGCAACGGUAUAUCCCUCACUCUUGGUCUGCAACACAGUGAAAACCUCUCUUUGGCAAAUGCGCAAACAUCUCUCCUGCAUAGUGAGAGAAUAUGGGAGGGAGGAUGGAGAUGAGCACAUCAAUCUCCCAGUGACCGGAUGAUGCACGGUACGAUUCUGUUGCUUGUAGAGCGUGUCGAUGAUAAGCGAAGGGAGGUUAACUUUUCUUUUUCUCAAGAAAGUUUCGAGUUUUAGUGUAGGGAAGAAGGUUAAUGAUAGACGUGAGAAUGUAGGAUUGAUGAGCGUAAGCAGAACAGUUUGGCGUAUGUAUGUCAUUGCAUGCCAUUGAAGGAGAAAAUAAGAUGUAACAUAAAUUGCUCUGCGCAUGUGCAAUGAUAAUCUCAACUCUACAUUGAGUUAUUAUUUUAUCA